UAUCUGGCAUCUUUGGUUGAGUGAGGUUGUUAUUUUCAAAUGUCAGCUCAAAUGCAAAAAUAUGCAAAUAUAUUUCUCGGAACCAUAAUUAUUAUAUUAUAUUUUGGUGUUUAAAUUCUCAACAAGUAAACGGUGCUUAGAAAUACAAACGAUCAAUAUGGAGCACACACCCAAAAAUCACGCCGAAUUAGAAGUAACAGGUGUGUCCCGCAGUGGAAGAGUUUGCAAGAAAUCUUCUAAGUUAAUGGAUUUCCAGUCCCCGGACGACAUCUCGGACGCAAAGCAGAAGAAAGCACAGAAAUUGAAAAUACAGUCUUCUGGGUCCGCAACCUUUAGUUUGGAGUAUUUAGCGGAUAUCGCAAAGAUGGAACACGAUUCAGACAUCCCUUUGGAUGAUGGUGAACCUUUAUCAGAUUCAGGAGAAGACGAAAACGAUUCCACUCUGGAUUCAGACGACGACGAUGCUUCUGACAUUGAGGACUUGGAAGGAACACAGGAGGAAGAUGAGAAAAGUGAAAGUGAGCUGCUUGUUGAAAUGGCACCGAAGCGCAGUUUGUACAUGUUGGAAAAAUCGUCCAAAUAUAGAAAGAUGCUCAAAGACGGAAAAGUUGUUACCGGUAAAACUGAACGGAAAGAUAAGGGAAAGCGUCGUUUCACUGCUUACAUGUUAUGGGCAAAAGAAGCAAGAAAGCAAAUGCUUACGAACCCGGACCUUGAUUUUGGCACAAUUUCCAAACGACUUGGUGAAAUGUGGGCAAAUGUACCGAGCAAUCAAAAACACAACUGGAAACGUCGCGCUAAAAGAGUAGCAAACAAAUUCAAACAAAAUAAGGAGAAAGCCAUGGAUUCACCUUUUGUCAAACGAUACUUGCAUCUAGAGCAAAGCAAUACAACUGCUGUAGCAAGCGUCGUUACUCCUCCAGUAGCAAGCAGCAUCAGUCCCGGAUCAACGCGAGGGAAAAAAUCUCAAUUGAAGUCAAGUGCUGCUGCUGAUAUAAAAACAUCAACUUUACAAGGCACACAUCUCUCACCAGAGUCUCCGUCGAAAAGUGGACAUACAAAACUUCCGGGCUGUCAGCCUUCCGACGUUGCGGCACAUUUGAAAUUACUCGGAGAUAGUCUGACAAUAAUAGGCGAACGACUUAAAGAGCACGAGGGUCAAAUUGCUGUAUCGGGGAGUCUUUCGGUUCUGUUGGAUAGUCUACUUUGCUCACUCGGACCUUUGAUGUGUCUGACUGUGCAUAUUCCGGGAUUGCAGCCGGAUGCUGAGCAUCUGAAGGAAGUUUUUCAGAAUACGCUAGACAACAUCGCUUAUGUAAUGCCGGGAUUGUAAUCUGAAUUACUGAAUACAUAAAUCUAAAUACAUAA